GAUUUCAAGACAGGAGGCUUUAAGCAAGUUCGAGUGUGUCUGUAUUUGGUCUUGCUGAUUGGCUGCGCUCUGGUCUUCCCAGCUGACAUUAGCAGACUGCUGCUUUGCCCUGGUGACGGCCUGCGACGGCACCCCUAGAGAUCUCUAACAAGCUUCUUUCUACCCACCCUGUUCGGUUGUUCCCAGGUUUGACUUCAAGGCGCAAAAUGGCGGCCUCGUCUCUUGCUGUCCUGCGAGCGUCCCGGCUGUCAGUGGAGCCUGAAGAGUUGGGCGCAGUUGCUGGGGUAUCCAAAGCUGAGGCAGGUUGACCAGAUCAUUUGAGUUCCUGCCCGGAUGAUGGUGACACUGUCCCUGGAGCCCACCGGCCGCUGCAUCUGGGACGAACCGGUGCGCAUCGCCGUGCGCGGCCUGGCCCCGGAGCAGCUGGCCACGCUGCGCGCGUCCCUGCGCAAAGAGAAUGGCGCGCUCUUCCGGGCCCACGCGCUCUUCCGGGCCCACGCGCGCUACCGCGCCGACGCCCGCGGGGAGUUGGUCCUGGAGCGCGCGCCAGCGUUGGGCGGCAGCUUCGUGGAGUGCGAGCCCAUGGGGCUGCUCUGGGCGUUGAAGUCCGAGAAAGCCUUGGGGAGGCUGGUGAAGCGCGACGUGCGGACGCCCGUCCCCGUGGAGCUGGGGGUGCUGGACGGCCACGACCCCGAGCCUGGGCGGCUGCUGUGCCAGGCGCGGCACGAGCGCCACUUUCUCCAGCCGGGCGUGUGGCACGAGCCGGUGCGCGCGGGCCGAGUGCGCGCCAGGCUCUUCCUGCCGCGGGAACCUGGGCCCUUUCCUGGGAUUGUGGACAUUUUCGGAACUGGAGGUGGCCUGCUGGAGUAUCGGGCUAGUCUGCUGGCUGGGAAAGGUUUUGCUGUGAUGGCUCUGGCUUAUUACAAGUAUGAAGACCUCCCCAAGACCAUCGAGAUGCUCUAUCUGGAGUACUUUGAAGAAGCUGUGAACUACUUGCUCAGUCAUCCUGAGGUAAAAGGUCCAAGAGUUGGGCUGCUUGGAAUUUCCAAAGGGGGUGAACUCUGCCUUUCCAUGGCCUCUUUCCUAAAGGGCAUCACGGCUGCUGUCAUCAUCAACGGCUCUGUGGCCAGUGCUGGGGGAGGUGUACACUAUAAGGGUGAGGCCCUGCCCCCUAUCGGCGUCAACAAAAAUCGCAUCAAGGUGUCCAAAGAUGGCUUUGCAGACAUUGUGGAUGUCCUGAACAGCCCCUUAGAAGGACCUGACCAGAAGAGCUUCAUUCCUGUGGAAAGGACAGAGAGCUCCUUCCUGUUCCUGGUAGAUCAGGAUGACUGCAACUGGAACAGUGAGUUCUAUGCUAAUGAAGCCUGUAAACGCUUGCAGGCCCAGGGGAGGAGAAAGCCCCAGGUCAUCUGUUACCCAGGGGCAGGGCACUAUAUCGAGCCUCCUUAUUUCCCGUGCCAGGCUUCCAUGCAUGCCUUGGUAGGCGGUCCUGUUAUCUGGGGAGGGGAGCCCAGGACUCAUGCCAUGGCUCAGUUGGAUGCUUGGAAAUGACGCCAGACUUUCUUCCACAAACACUUGGGUGACAAAGAGGGACAAUCCCAGCCAAACUGUAAUUCUCAUUUGAUCAUGUGGCCUCUCUGUUGCUAAUCUCUCCUGGGAAC